CCAAUGAAUACUAAAAACAUAAACUUUUUGAGGAAUUCCUACUAACAGAACAUUCAUUCUCAAAUGUGCUCUACUGAGUAGGAUGACAGAGGAAGGUCACCAAAGACUGAUAUAGCAUCUCAACUGGUCAGCAGGGGACAUUUAUCUUGAAAUAGCAGUAAUUAGAAAACAUGGCACUGGGUAAGAAUUCCCGAGGCGAGGGGAGGAAGUUAUCCAAUUACUGUUCGACAGUCUCUGUAACUGUGUUGGUUGCAUUUUGUUUAGUUGGUAUAUGGAUUGUAAUGUCAUCCAUAGUUCCAAUUCAGAAUUCAGUGAUGCAGGUAUCUGAGACCAUUGAUGAGGUGAAAAAUAUAGCAAAUGAAAGUGGUUCCAGGCAAUUUGAAGAUAGUUCAGGUGAUAUAGCAGAAGAAUCAACUGGGAAAGAUAGUCAGACCCAUAAAUCUCAGAGUGAAAGCCAUGUACAAAACCAGGAUGACCAAAAAGAAGUUGAAAAAGUGUCUGAUAAUACAGCUGAAGAAAACCAGCCAGAGGUUGUUAGGGACAGUUCAGUUGAAAAGAAUGAUUUGGAGAAAGGUCCUAGGAAUACAAAUCAGGAGAAUUAUCAAAUGAGGCAGGUUGAGCCAAACACUUACGAGAAGGAGAAAGAAUCAGAUAGAAACUUGAAUUCAGAAUCUGUAGAAUCAGAAACACUGGAUGGUCAAAUUAUUGAUGAUGAACAAAGAGGGUCAGUGGAAAGUUUUAAUGAAAGGAAAUCUGACAAGAGCAUAAAUGAUGACAUAUUAGGGACAGACAAGAUUAUGGGUGAAGUCACACAAGAUGAGAUGGUUGGUGAGACUGAGGAGGAGAAAAUCAAGAAAAAUCUGCUUUCAAAGACAAAACAAAGUACUGGAGAGAGUAACAUUGUAAGCCAUGAAAACAGUUCAGUUUCAAAGGAUGUUUUUAUGAAUGGGACCCAGUCUGAAAUAUUGAUUGAAGCUAGCUAUGAAAAUGGAACUUGGUCAACUCAAGCUGCAGAAUCACAGCAUGAGAAGGAUUCACAGAAGUCUUCGAUUUCUAUUGUCAGCAACAAAUAUGAAUGGAAGCUGUGUAAUACAACUGCAGGAUCAGAGUACAUUCCUUGCCUUGACAAUUGGCAAGCAAUCAGAAAGCUUCAAAGUAUACGACACUAUGAACAUCGAGAGAGGCACUGUCCUGAUGAAGCUUCCACUUGUCUUGUUUCUCUACCUGAGGGCUAUAGAAGCCCAUUUAAGUGGCCCAAAAGCAGGGACAUGAUAUGGUACAACAAUGCUCCGCACACAAAGCUUGUAGAAUCUAAGGGUCAUCAAAACUGGGUCAAAGUAACUGGUGAAUACCUCACUUUUCCUGGUGGUGGAACUCAGUUUAAACAUGGUGCUCUUCAUUACAUUGAAUUCAUUCAGAAAUCUCUUCCUAAUAUUGCAUGGGGGAAGAGAACUCGUGUGAUAUUGGAUGUUGGGUGUGGGGUAGCCAGCUUUGGAGGCUAUCUGUUUGAAAAAGAUGUUCUGACCAUGUCAUUUGCUCCAAAAGAUGUGCACGAGGCACAAGUACAAUUUGCGCUGGAACGGGGAAUUCCUGCCACAUUAGGUGUCAUGGGCUCCAAAAGAUUACCCUUCCCUGGUUCUGUCUUUGAUCUUGUCCACUGUGCACGCUGUAGAGUCCCUUGGCACGAAGAAGGUGGCAGGCUACUUUUAGAGCUUAAUCGUGUCUUGCGACCUGGAGGUUACUUUGUAUGGUCUGCUACUCCAGUGUAUCAAAAGGAUCCAGAAAAUGUUGGGAUUUGGAAAGCUAUGGGUGAAAUUACAAAGUCAAUGUGCUGGGAUCUGGUGGUAAUUGGAAAGGACAAAUUGAAUGGAGUGGCGGCAGCAAUAUAUAGAAAACCAACUGAUAAUGAAUGCUAUAACAGAAGACCAAAAAUUGAGCCACCAAUGUGCAAUGAAUCUGAUGAUCCAAAUACAGCCUGGAAUAUAUCACUACAGGCAUGCAUGCACAAAGUGCCUGUAGGUGCAUCAGAGCGUGGAUCAAACUGGCCUGAGCAAUGGCCAUUAAGGUUGGAGAAACCACCUUACUGGUUAAACUCUCAGGCUGGUGUUUAUGGAAGAGCUGCUCCAGUAGAAUUCACUGCUGAUUACAAGCAUUGGAAAAACGUUCUUUCCCACUCAUAUUUGAAUGGAAUGGGUAUCAAUUGGUCUUCAGUAAGAAAUGUCAUGGACAUGAGAGCUGUUUAUGGAGGGUUUGCUGCAGCACUCAAAAGUCUGAAAUUUAAUGUUUGGGUAAUGAAUGUGGUUCCAAUUGAUUCUCCUGACACACUGCCAAUUAUAUAUGAGCGUGGAUUAUUCGGUAUUUAUCAUGAUUGGUGUGAAUCGUUCAAUACCUACCCUAGAUCUUAUGAUCUUCUACAUGCUGAUUCUUUAUUCUCAACACUUAAGGAAAGGUGCAAAAUAGUGGCAAUGAUUGCAGAAGUUGAUAGGAUGCUGAGACCAGAAGGAUAUUUGAUCAUAAGAGACAAUGUUGAAACUAUUGGUGAGAUGGAGAGCAUAGUUAAAUCUCUACGUUGGGAUAUUCGAUUGACCUAUUCCAAACGUGAGGAGGGAUUGCUUUGUGUUCAGAAGACAUUAUGGCGUCCAACAAAAGUUGAAACCGUUGUGUCAGCCAUUGUCUGAUUAGGAUGCUUCACUAUCUCAAUUUCAAAGGCUGCCACACUCCUCCUUUUACUUCUAUCAAUGUUUGUUUUA